CAAAAAGCUCAAAACCCUGAAAUCUCUGAAACAAGGGCUUCCAUGGAGGUGGAGUAGCAAGGAGCAUGCAGAGAAGCAUCAACAAGAAGAUAGGCUCUUGCCUUCUUCGAUUCACGCCUAACCCAUCUCCAGCUCUCCUCACGCGCCACCACUACUCCCAUUUCCCCCUCUCUCGCCUCCUCACUCUCUCCCAAUUCCUACAUUCCUCUCCAUCCUUCAACCACAGCCUUCAACAACCCAGCUCUUACUGUAAAUUCCCAGAAAAUGGAGCCCUUUUUUUCGCUCCAAGGCCCAUAUUGCGGAAUUUUCUGUGCAGUUGUGGGACCUCUUUAGAUUCUAAUCGCCACUAUAUCAAUCGUAAUUUUUUUACUAGAGCCAAGGAAGUUAAGAACAUUGAAAUCAAUGAUCAGCACAGCCAACGAGCAGUCAGAACUGCAUUAUGGUGUAACUUCCUCGCCUUUUCUCUCAAGUUUGGGGUCUGGUUAACAACCUCUAGCCAUGUUAUGUUGGCUGAAGUUGUGCACUCAGCCGCAGAUUUUGCAAAUCAGGCUCUUCUUAUUUUAAGUGUAUCUUAUGAAACAUAUACGAUGCAUCAUCCAUUUUGGAGAGAGAGCGUGCAGGGUGAAAAGAGAAGAGAAAAGAGGGAGAGAAGAAGAAAACAAGGCUUGUUUUUCUAGCCAUUUUCAAGGCUCAAGGGCGGUUGAUCCAUUUGUGAAGUUCAAUGGUUUAUACUUUAGACUUUGUAGCACAACUAUGAUCACAACAUUGUACAAAAGCAACUAAAAAUACGUUAAGUGUAUUCUAAAAGCAUACCCCGAGA